CCAACAUGGAAUAAGGUGGCGCUGCUUUAAAAAAACUUGCUCAAUGCCAGUGAGUUGGGCCCAACACAAACUAAAUCAGUACAGAGGCGAUCGUGGUCUUACGAGCCAACAGUCAAAGGGGCUUUAUCAAUUAACAAAUAACUUGACUCCAGUUGGGACACCAAUCUGCAAACAAUGUCGAAUGCAAUUAAAGUCUGAAGWUGAUUUACUGCAAUAUCGAUCCCUACCCGAGAAUGAAGAAGAUCCGGUCAUUCAAACGUCAGAUGAUGAACAAAACGUUGAAGAGCCUGACAUUGGUUCAUGUGAAUGUGCAACAAAAAACAGUGACGCGGGGAGUGAACUAUUAGAUGAUUUGCAAUAUGCAUUAGAGAAGCUGAACUUAGAGGAGGACCCAGCAGUGAUCUUUUCAGACUCAACAGAGAGUAGUAAUGGCUCCAUAGACCUUUCAAAACAGAAACUCCAGAAGUUAAACGAAUUUCUACGAGUGUGCAAAGGUAACGCAGAGUGUGGUUCGAUUGGACAGCCCAAUAAACCAUGGGAAAAUAUGAGCCAGCGUAGCAAGAACGUCUACAUCAAUAGAGCCACCGAAGCCAUUGUUUCUGUAUUGGAUGUCUUAACUCCGGGUGAUGCGAAUAAUCUUUGGGAAGCUGUGCAAUCCUCUCACUCUGUCGAUAAAGUUCUUGGCGUUUUACAACCAACCGAGAGACAGUAUCUUGAAGCUUUGGCUGAAGCGUACCAAAAUGCAGGAAGCUGGGAUACCAAACGCAWCAUUCUUGCAAUCAUGAGUGACCUGGUGACAUUUUGUCAGAUUCCAAAGUUUAUUCCCGGCCUGACUAAGUAUCGUUUUUAGGCAGCAAGAAUGCACAUUCUGAAGCAUGGUCGGGGUACYCCUGUUCUUAAAGAGAAAAGUCCUCGAAUUAGAAUCGAUCCAAACCAGCUUGAUCAUUUCCUGUCCUUUAUAACAAGCAGCCAUGUCGUACAGGAUCUUCCCUUCGGUCAACGUUACUUGCACUUAUCGAAUGGUCAGGUUUUAGAGACUCCCAACGUCAUACGACUUAUGAUUCCUCAGAGGAUGAUAAAUCAGUAUACCCAGUUCUGUAAUGAAAGUAAUGUGAAAGUUCWAAGUCCAUCUACCAUGUACCGAAUACUCUCGGUUUGCACUGCCACAGUGCGAAAAUCCCUCCAAGGUCUAGAUUACCUUUCAGCAGAUGGAGCAAAAGGCUUUGAUGACUUGACUAUCCUUAUCAAUCAACUUGCUGAUUAUGGCCAAGACAAAGCCUGGAUCAAAAACUGCUAAGGAAUGCUAAAAAGAGGAAAGCAGUAUAUAAAAA